CCGUCGAGGCACGACGGCGCCCUGGACUAACACGCUACCCCCCCCCCAGUCUGCUGCUGGAUCCCUAGAGACCAUCAUGAGCCGAAUGGGUUCCUUUGGGGUUGCUCCCGGAGCCUGGCGUUUGCUUUUUGUCGCCUUCCCUGCCUCUGACUCGCUCCCUCCCCGUCGUACAAUGCAACUUCUACCCACCCUGCCGCGCGCGCGCCCGUUCCGAAGUCUGCAGCUGCUGCCGCAGCCGCUGCUUUUAUGCUGCGCGCUGAGAUUGCCGGCUGCUCUCCCGGAAGAGCUUCGCUCCGCCGCGGCGGCCAACGCCCAGUUAAAGGGGCGGAAGGGCGG